ACUAUGUCCGUGCUGAUUUCAUCCACCCGCUAUAUAAGAGGCUCUCUCAAUGGUCACACUUCAAUACAAGUGUGAUACAUUCAGCAGCCCAACAUGGGGCUAACAUUACUGUUCCUCCUCGCCCUUGUGGCGGGAUCACAAGCAGGUCCAAUACAAGAUAUUGUUAUAUCCGACAAAUGCGCUACACAAUGUACAGUAUCAAACAAAUUCAACUACAAACCGGAAACAACCUACGAGUUUACUUACGAGACGGACGUACGGACGACCAUAAAGGGUGCAUCUGAGGAUCAUGCCGGAGUCCACAUGGUUUCCCGCGUAUUUCUGGACUUUGUCUCCAAAUGCGAAAUGGUCAUGAGGCUCAGUGACGUCAAGCUUACUGAAUACGACCCAACUACGUCAUCAAUGAAGCCUGUGACGUCAACAGAUAUCGCACUGCUGGAGUCCAAUCCAUUGACUGUCUCCUUCCAAGAUGGCAAAAUUGAGGAUCUGUGUCUGGCCAGCAUGGAAUCUGACAAGACGCUGAACAUCAAGCGGGGUAUCCUCUCAAUGAUCCAGAACAACAUGGACGACAUUACAUCAGCUCAAACAGUCAAAGAGUCUGAUAUUGCCGGAAACUGCGAAACCCAAUACACUUCGGAAGACAAGGGCUGGUCUAGCAAACUCAUCAAGAAGUCCAAGAACCUUCUGGGAUGCACCGGACGCCAGAACGCCAACACCGCCAUUCAAGGAGUUCCUUAUUCAAGCGACUCGAAAGUGCAGUCAAUGCCCCUCCUCAAGAGCUCACAGGAAUGCGAACAAGAGAUUGCCAAGGACAGCGGUCGUCUGAAGGUUGCCACUUGCCACGAGAGACACACUUUCGUGCCUUUCUCACGCCAGGAAAGCGGGGCCACAACCCACACGACUCAGACCCUUACAUUCGUGAAGGAAUCCAAGUCAAGGACAAAGUCUGCAACGGUGCAGACGCGGGCUACCUUGCAGUUCCAGCAAUCAUCUACAAGCUCUUUUUCUGGUAUUCAAGACUUGGAGAACCAGCUGAUGACAAUCUGCUCCCAAACCGUCAAUGGCGUGACCAUGGAGACGCCGAAGCUCUUUACUUCCGUCGUGCUCACCAUGCGGUCACUGACUGCAACAGAUAUGGGGGCGCUUUACAAGAGAAUCAAGAAUCAGAGCGUCUGCCCAGAAAACAACGCACGUGUCCUAAAGUUUUUCCUGGACGCUGUUCCAAUGACCGGUACUUCUGAAGGUAUCCAGUUCAUGACGCAGCUCAUUACUACGUCCGUGGUGACCGGAGUCGAGGCUGAUAUGUGGAUGACCACUCUGGCUUUCAUUCAGAACCCAAAUCUGGAAAUGCUGAACAUCGUUAAGGACCUUCUGAAAAUGGACACCCUUCAAGAGAGGGCAAUGCUCUCCGUCAGCGCCCUUGUUCACUCCGUGUGCAGAACUAACCAGAACUGCGAAAACUUUAUCGAGGUGAAGAAGAUCAUCUCACUUCUGGAAAACAAAAUCGCAACGUCCUGCAAAAUUGAAGGCGACAUGAGGACCAGUUUGUUGGCCAUUCGCGCAAUCGGAAACACAGGAUUUGGAACCAGCGCCAUAGCAACUCUAGAAAAGUGUUUCCGUCGCCCUGAGAACCCAAUCGAGAUUCGUAUUUCCGCUGUUGAGGCUUUCCGACGAAUCCCCUGCUCCGCUGACAAACGCGCACUGUUUGAGGUGCUGAUGAACACCGAAGAGGACUCCGAAAUCAGAAUUGCCGCAUACAAGACCAUCAUGGAAUGCGCAUCUGAUGACUCUAUUAAGCAGAUCAAGAAGAUUCUUGUCAAGGAACCGGUCAAUCAGGUCGGAUCCUACAUAUGGUCGCAUCUAUCUAACUUAAUGGAAACAUCUGAUCCUCACAAGCAAACAAUUCGAUCAAUCCUUGAAGACGAAACUCUUAAAGCAGAGUUCGAUAUGGAAAAGAGGAAGUACUCAAGAAACUACGAAGGUUCCAUCUUCCUUGAGAAAAUCAACACCGGCGCAACUGUUGAAAGUGACAUUAUUUGGUCUUCAAAAUCAUUCAUCCCACGUUCUGGUAUGUUCAACCUCACCGUUGAUCUUUUCGGAAACGCUGUCAACCUGUUCGAGAUUGGUGGACGAAUUGAAGGGCUCGAAUACUUCCUCGAAUCAUACUUCGGACCAAACGGUUAUUUCAGUGAGACCAACGUCAAGGCAGCUUCCACCGAAACAGCCGUCGACACCAUCAAGGCUGAUAAAAUGAAAAUUGAUCGCAUCGACAAACGGUUGGGCGUUUCCAUGGAUGAUCUUCGUGGAUCGCUGUACCUUCGCGUAUUCGGCAACGAGCUGCGCUACAUAAACUUCAAUGGUCUUGAUUCACUUAUGAGCCAGAACAACAUAAAUUUCCUGGAUGUACUGAUGAAGCUUGCAAAUGAAAACGAUUACGAGUACAGCCACAGCACAAUACUUAUGGACAGCACCAUCGUUAUCCCAACCAGUUCCGGCUUCCCACUUAGCCUGACCGUGAAUGGAACAGCAACUGUUGAUUUAAAGGCAUCCGGCAAAGUCGACAUUAUGAAGUUGGCUUCUUCUCCAAGGUCUCUCGAUAUCCAUGGACUGAUAAAACCAAGCGCUGCUAUUGCAAUUUCGACAGUUAUGGGAGUUGAAGCUCUUUCAACACGCGUUGGUGUUAAGAUGUUAUCCACACUGCACACACGCACGUCAAUCCAAGGGUCGAUUUCACUGUCGGAAGGGUCAAUUCUGCGCGCACAGUUCGACAUGCCUGAGGACAAAAUGGACAUAAUCAGUAUCAAUUCUGAAUUUUACACGAUUCACCACGAUGCAGAACGCGCCCAAAAGAUGGUUACAGACAAUCGUCAACGUUUGAUUUCAUGUUCCGGGUCAAAGUUGGCUCAGAUAACUGGCUUGGAGAUCUGCAGUGAACUAGAGUACCCCAAUGCUUCUUUAACCGACGCUGCCCCAUAUUUCCCCUUCACAGGACCAGUCACUGCAGCUGUCACUCUUUUCAAGAGAGAUUUGAAAAUGACUGGCUACAAACUCGAGGCUAAAAACCUUCAUACCGAUUCCGAGAACACUCUUCGAUUUGAGUUUUCAACUCCCAAUUCCAAAAUUGACCGAAGCAUCGGUGUAGAUUUAAGCCUGAACAAGCAGAAAGGAACCGUGGAUGCCAGUCUGCAGUCUCCGUGGAAGAAGGGCUUCUUCAAAGGUUCUGUGAUCAAUAGCCGGUCAGAAAAGACUAUCAGCGGAAAGAUGAACUGGGAUGAAAGCCUUCUUUUCGACAUCAGCGGAAGCUUGAAAUCCGAAUCAACUGCCAACGGCAUUUUGUACACGCCUGCUGUGUCUAUUAAUGUAGCCAAGCUCACUUCAGUCAGCGUUAAAGGUUCAGUGGAAUAUGCUCCUUGGAAACUCUUGAAUACGAGCCUUUCAGUUACUGGGCUUACAACCUCACCAAUCUUCAUAAAAUCUGCAUUUUCAAACAAGCAGGACAUGAGUGUUGCUCAGGCGUCGCUCACAACUGGACCGAAGAGAACUUACUCUCUAGCGUCCUCACUCCAGAAGACAAUUUCCAAAAAGAAAGUUAUCUUAAAACCCCAACUUAGCAUCCGUUCUCCAACCAACGAACUGAUAGCAUUCGGAGGCCAAUACGACAAUGUCUUUGGCAAGAUGACUCAACUGAACUUGGUGUUGGACAAAGUAUUUAUCAAGCCAGUGGCGUUGAAAUCCAAAUUCGAAACCAAGUCCUUCAAACGCGGUAGAGCACUGAACGUCCUUACCCUCGAAUUCGAAUCAGAGCCAGCGUCUUUGAAGAUAAAGAGUAAAGUGGACAAUCGCAACUGGAAGACAAUCGCCGCCGACGCAGAUCUAACAUACGUCAUCAAAGGAAUUGCGCGAGACAAUAUUAAAUUGACUUCAAAAAUGAUAAACUGGAGCACAAACACAUUAACAAAGGCUAGACUGGCGAUGAGUAUGGAAUCUAAGAAAUAUCAAGACUACAGUUUCAAACUCCUGAGCAACAUUAAUCACAACAAGCGUACGUCAGCAUUUGAUACAACUGUAUCUUAUGGCAACAUAAAAGAUGCCAACAAACAAAUCAAUCUUGAAGCUCAGCUUGACCGAAAAAUUAAAAGCUGGACGGAGGCCUCAUUGUCUCUAAACGGCAAACUGGAGAUAGGAACUGGUAUUCGGAUGGUAGCAAAACUGGACCAUGCACAUGAGCCAAAGUCGCUGGACUCCGCUCUAUUAUUGAAAUACAACAAAGAAUCCAUAGAUUCUACACUAAAAAUCAAGGAUGCUUCUUCUGCAAAUUUGAACAUCUUCGGCAGUUGGGAUCUGAACGUGCUAGGUAAGAAGAUUAAUUUCUUACAUAUGACUAAUGAAACCAGUCCUAGCCAGUUUGCCUCUUCGACGAACAUGAAAGUCGGAAAAUCUGUGAAUAGAAUCGACGCGAAUUGGAUCCGACCUUCAGACAGCACAUUCAAGAUUACCUCAGAAGUUGAACUCAGUAUGUUGAGUAUGGCCAGUCCCGUAAAACUCGGCGCGGAAUACAAAUUAGGACCAGAACAGUACAUUCUUGGAGGGACAGCAGAGCAAGGCAAAGAAAAGUAUUCAGCGAUGCUUUCGUCUCAAGUCGAUCCAGGAAAGUCCGUUCAAGGUUCACUGGACGUUGGGUACCCCGACCGACAUAUUGUAGGAAAUUAUGAAGUAUCUGUAAAGAACGGACGGUACAGCAGUCGCUCGGAUCUGCGCUGGAAUGCUGAUGUGGAUGAUUCACAACGGCUUUCUAUUAAAUCUAGUGGUCAAGUGCAGGGUUUAAAUGAUUAUGACGGAUCUGUGAACAUCCAGUUACCAUCCCGAACAGUUGAUCUUAACGUGAAUCAAACCUUUGCAAGCAACAGGUACAUUUCGCAUGUUGAGGCAACACUGGACAACACAUACAAAGUUUCACUCGACACGGUGCUGUCUAAGAAGGACGAUAAAGUGUCAGGCUCUUUCAAAUUUACAAGUCCGAUAAAAGGAUUUGAAUACAUUAAUUUGGAUACUAAAUAUACCAAUACCAGAGACACCUGGACGUCGCAGGUAGAUCUUGAACGCAAAAAGAAUGAAGCAAUGUCAAUUACAUUUACGCUUAAAAAACCAUUCGGUCUGACCACAAUCAAUGCUAGCUUCGUCGGAAAAGCACCAUCCAUGGGAGUUAAAUCUUUCGAAGGGUCACUUCUACAUAGUACGAACAAAGGUAUUAAGACAGUUAUCAAUUAUAGCUACAACAAGCAAUUUAUGAAUGCCGACUUGAUUUUCAACAAUAUUCGAAGUGAGAAAGGAAUAGACAUGAACGGACAAAUUAACCUUAAGACGUCACUUCGUGACCUUAAUAAGGUGUCAUUGACCUUGCAACACCAAAGAGAUGGUACACGUAUGAACACAAACGCAAUGGCCGAUCUCAACAACAAACUUUACGGCGUUAAGAGUUCUAUGACAUAUACGAUAACUCCGAAGAUUUCAACAACUGGAUCAAUUAAUGUAACACUGCCAUCUAACGAUUUUAGUGCCGUCUGGAACCACAUGAUGACUCCCAACGAGAUACAGUCAUCUGCCCGAGUAUCAGUUAAUGGCAAAUUUAUUUCUAUUAAGACAAAUGGAGUUCAAAACUUGGCUUUGUCUGCUGGAACCAUCAGAGGAAGUCUUGAAAUUAAUGCAUCUUUCAAGAAGCUCGAUAACUUAAUUGUCCAAAUAAAUCAUGUGCAUGCACCUGGAAAUGUUGAUUCUUCAUUGAAAGCGCUGUCAAACAACAUGGCAGUUUUGAACGUUGAAGGCAAAUAUUUGAGAAGUAAUGAUCGUAUUACUUUACUGUUUAAAGCAUUAAAUCCUCGUUAUGAUAGCGAUAUAGUUAUGAAUCUUAACGCAGACUAUUCCGGUAAAACAAAGACAGGAAAAGCUGAAAUAGUGCUGACACCUACACAGAAGAUUUCACUGGAUGGGUCUUUGAAAGACAAUGAGGUUUCCCUUACUCUGAACGUGCCAAAUACGUCUCCAAUUUCUCUUAAAGGAGUCCGAACACUGAUACAAAACGGAAAUACAUUCGACAUUACUGGUACAUACAGUGAUGGGCAAACAAUCCGUAUCUCAUCUGUCAUCAGCAAUACUGAAGUGAACGUGAAAUUGAGCUCACCAUUUACACCGAUGAUUUCAGCUCAAGCCGUAUACAGAAAUCAGGACAACAAACUCUAUGCAUCUGCAAGUUUCGACGCAACGCCCAUCGUGGGUCAAUGGUCGGGGGUCGCAACACUCGAUAGCACAAACGGACUUUCAGCAAACAUCAUGAUCAAUACACCCCUAAGGCAGGUGCCGUCCGUCAAGAUGACCUUCUCGAGCAGCAUGGAAGAUACUGGUAGAAGAUCAUCACUUUCCAUCGAAUACUUGCCCGGACAAAAUGUUCAACUGACCUCUGUGUACGAUAUUCUUAAUCCAAACGACAUGAGUUUCGCUUUACAAAUCAUAACUCCUUUUGAGAAUUUCGCAUUUAUUAGCACCGAAUUAAAACACGUUGGGGACUAUUCGCGAUUCGGCUCAAGUGCAAAGAUUGAGUACCCGAGAGGAAAGACAAUGUCAGUUGAAACACGCUUUACACGUGUUGGACAAGUAAGCGGCACAGUGAUUAUUUCAACGCCUUUUUCGAACGACAUUUCCGCAACAAUCAGCCAUGUUGGAGACCGUGCUGACUUCCAAUGCAAUCUUGAGCUAACCUACACGUCAACACUCCGUGCAAGUAUAAAACACAAGGGCACGAUAAAGGACUUUGCAUCAAAUGCGAAACUGCAAAUUGACAAUGAAAACUACAUUGGAACGGUUACUUUUGCAUUCGAACCAACAAUAACCGCUUCUCUAGCAGCAGAAACACCGUCGUCGUCGUACAAAAUGUCAACAAAAUUCAAUGGAAAACCAACAAACUUCAACAAUAUCAUUGAAGUUUCAGUUCCAAGAACUGGAGUUUUCUCUUCAGAUGUCAGUUUUAACAUUGAAUCUAAAACCGAUAUCUCAGUAUCAAUCAAAACUCCACUUAAGAGAUUCGGUGAUAUUAAGGGGAAACUGAGCCAGGGAUCGGCGUCCGGAAUAUUUACCUCUCGGAUUGAAUUACAAAAUAACCUUGAUGUUCUCGCUGCGACAUUGAAAUUAAGCACUAAUCCGUCGUUUAUAAUUGAAGCUACCGCACAAACACCUUUUGAUGGAUACAAGCAGGGCAGAAUUGAAAUUUCACACGAAGGGUCUUUGAAAUCAUUCAAAUUACACGGUGAAUUCCAACUAAACAAGGAUACAUCCCAAAUUGAUCUGAAUGCAGAUAUAUCUCAAAGAUCUAAGAUUGAUUUAACGAUAAGAAGUCCGUACACAAGGCCAAUCAAAGGCUCAUUUACUCAUUUUGAAGUGAAGCCACUUAAUUAUAAAUCAUCUGCUGCAAUGUCCAUGGGUAAAGAAGCAAUUACUGCAAGUAUCAACUUCAAUGCUAUUACUGGUUUAAAGUAUGACGCUGCUAUUACAACUCCAUUUAAGGAAUAUAAGAACCUUAAAGCAACCUUUUCACACUCUGGUGAUAUCAGAAACUUUAAAACGUCGGGCGAAGCUUCAGUUAACAGACAAGAAGUAAAGUUCGGUAUUACAUUGGAUACUAAAAACGACACAAUAGCCACAGUUGUUGUCUCAACACCAUGGGUAGAUUCGAAAGACCUUGCUUUAACCUUCCGUCACUCAGGAUCUCUCCAAAGUUUUGUCACAAUUCUACAGGCGAAGCAAAAUCGCAAGACUCUUGACGGAGAAGUUUCUUUCAAUAAUGGUGAAAUUGUAACCGGAAGUGCGUCCCUUAAAUCUACCUUUAAGGACAUAGACAAUUACGUUGCAUCGUUUAGACAUACAGGUACCAUUUCGAAAUUCAAUUGCGAAGCCAAAAUAGAAACGCCCUCUGGACCAUCUUCUCUUAUGGGUACCUUUGAUUCCAUGAAAGGUAUUUCAGGAACAGUCAAUAUAAAAUCCCCUGCAACGAAAGAUGCCGAAAUAAGAAUUUCACAUUCAAAUGUUGAUGGUGCUUGCAAUUCAAAUGUCUUCGUCUCAUAUGAUGGUCAAGUCAAAUAUUCAAUUCAGUCGGAAAUGGUUUCAAAGCAAUCAUUGAGAGGUGAUUUAACUGUAAAAACGCCGUUUAACGGAUUUGAACUAACAUCUAUCUCGCUCCUCCAUGGCAGAGAUGCGAAUGGUUUCAGAACCAGUGGAUCUCUCGUUUUUAUGGGUAAAUCUACUGGAGCUGAUGUAGAAGUUAUUCUGUUGCCAGAAAUUUCAGCAAACAUUAAAACAACAACUCCAUGGACAGAGAAUUUUGAGACAAGCCUUACAGUACAAGGAUCUUUGAGAAAAUUUGACUCAAGUUAUGAAAUCGUUUACGGGAAGAUUAGUCAACUCCGCAUCGAGCUCGAUCUCAACAUCUAUGAUACAUAUGCCGGUGACCUGAAUAUAAUGUCUCCAUUCAUAGAAAAUAUAAAAGCCAGAUUUAACCACCAAGGCGAUCGCCCCGCGUUUACAACAAAUGUCGAGAUUACUUACGCAGGAAAGGAGGCAACGUCUUCUUUACGUUUCAAUUCUGUUACUGGUAUCGAUACUUCAUUCAGACUUACUUCACCAUGGACUAAGGACGUAGAAGUAACAUUUAACCAUCAGGGUGAGCGCUCCAGGUUUACAACAAAAGCGCGUCUAGCAUAUGCAGACCAGGACAUCAGGUCGACUUUAAAUUUCAAGUCCGUUCCAAGCAUUGACACUUCGUUCACACUUACUUCACCGUGGACAAAAGAUGUACAAGCAACGUUUACCCAACAAGGUGAGCGUUCCGGAUUUACAACUAAUGCUCGUGUAGCGUAUGCAGACCAGGAAAUUAGGUCGACUUUAUAUUUCAAAUCCGUUCCAAGCAUAGACACUUCGUUCACACUUACCUCGCCGUGGACAAAAGACAUAAAGGCAACGUUUAGUUACCAAGGGAAUCAAUCUGCGUUUAGCACUAAUGCACAGAUUGUAUAUGCAGGCCAGGAAGCAACGUCUUCUAUACGUUUCAAUUCCGUUCCUGGUAUUGACUGUUCGUUCAGACUUAAUUCACCUUGGACUAAGGACGUACAAACAACAUUAACCCACCAAAGUGAGCGCUCUGGAUUUACAACAAAUUCUCGUCUAGCGUAUGCAGGUAGGGAAGUCAGAUCGACCCUGAAUGUCAAAUUACUUCCAGCAAUUUCCACUUCGUUCGCAUUAACUUCACCGUGGACAAAGGCCGUGAAUUUGACGUUUGCACACUCUGGGCCAUUUGAAAACAGUCAAACAUCAGGUGUUGUAAUGUAUGGUCAACAAGCGCUUUACACGAUUGAUUCAAAAAUUAAACAUCAAACAUCGAUUGACAUUGAUGUCAAAAUGACCUCGGCAAUCAAAGGCUUCCAAACAUUCGUAUCUAAAAUCACACUUGAAGGAGUCCUAACAGACUUCAAGACGCAUGCUGAAUUACGUUUAGAAGAAAGUGCAUUCAUUGGUGAUUUGGAGGCCAAUCCAUCCCAAGGGAGAUUGUCUAUAAUGUCACCCUUUACGAAAGAUAUUGUUGGAUCAUACAACAUACGGGGUCAGAAAUUGACGAAUAACAAUGCGAGGGCAUCAUUAACUUACGGCCAAUUGAACUUGAUACACAUAACUACGGAAUUAAAACUACCUUCGAAUGCACAGUUGUCUGUUCAGUUACCUGUUUCGGGAUUUGAAACAAGUUCAGUCAAAUAUACUAAGGCUGGUGACUUCGGAGGCAAGGUUGAAAUUCUUUUCAGCAAAUCAACCCAUGAAAUAACUAUUUAUACUAAUACAAAUGACAAGAUUUCCGCGUAUGGCUCGAUAAAUUCACCCUUUGUACCACCGAUGUCAUUAAGUGUCAAUUUGGACAUUACAAAUAAUAAUUUGAAAUCGCAAGUUACACUUCUGUAUAAGGCGAUAGAAAAUAACCUUGGACUGGAGCUUCGAUUAAGGCCCGACUUUUAUUGUAAAAUUGAAAUUAGGUCUCCAUUAGUUGAGCCACUGGAAUUAUCAGUUGAAUAUAGCGGGAAAAUCACGAACUUCCGUUCUUCAGCCGCAUUUUCGAAGGGCGAUAACGCGAACAAAAUCACUGUGAAUAUGGACUUGGAAACAUCGAUGAAAGGAAGCAUUACCAUCGAUGCCCCUCUGGUUAUUAUGCGUGAAUCCAAUCCGAUAACUGCAAGUUUUGAAUUACCUUCACUUUACAAUGGAAACGUUGUUCUAAGGUCCGCAAGUGACACAAUAAUAGACGGUACAUUUUCCUAUAAGAUUCAACCUCUGGAAGUAUCUCUUUCAUUGGAAAACCCUUUCAAAGACAUAAAUGUUUUAAUUCAACACGAAGGUACACUCGCUACGUUCAAAUGCAAAGGAAUUUUGAGAAUCGAUGACGAUGAAAUCAUUAAUGCUGAUGCUCAAUUCCAGAUGCUGCCUCUCCUUUCAUCAUUAACACUUAAGACACCAAUUACUGACGCAUCCCUCGUAUUUUCCUUUGACGGAUCGUCUUCGAAAUUUAUUUCUCAAGCUUCAAUUACAAUCGACGGGGCCGACCAUACUGCAUCACUUCAGUUGGACUUUGAAACCACACAGUCAUUAAGUUUUUCACUAAGAUCCGUUGCUUUCAGUCCUAUCGAAAUAAUAUUAAAAAAUACUGCCCGGUUCCCUGAAAUUCAAACCAACAUUUUGUUUAAAAAGGGUGAAAAGGAAAUAAUUGGAGCCGAUGUUAAAUACACUCAAACACCGUUGCAAGGUUCGAUUUCAAUCAGGUCGCCUUUUAAAGGAUUUGAAAGUGUGUCAGGAGUUAUUACACACAAAGGAGGACUGCUUAAUUUUGAAAACCAUGCCGAGGUUACUGUUUCUGGCAAAAAAACACAAGCGGACAUGAGUUUUAACUUUGGAUCUAAAUUGGAAGGGAAACUAUCUGCGAGUGGACCUUUAUUUCCAACAAUUUCCACUGGGGUUGAAUUUGAAGGAACAUCCGAUAAAUUCCAGGUAGCCAUAGAAUAUGCAGUCGACUCGAACGUAUAUUCAAUUGACGCAUCUGUUGAUCUACGAAACGGCCUGGACUCUUUCGCCACUUUGAAAACACCGGUUGAAGGAUAUAAAACGGUAACCGUAAAAACCACUCAUGCCGGUGUUUUCCCCAACACAAACACGUUUGCACAAAUUAAAACAGAAAGAAGAAACAUUUUUACCGCAAGCUCUGAGCUUUCUACAACCAAUGGAAUGUCUGUUAAACUGUCAGCGCAGUCUGUUGCUUUCCCAAUUUUACAAGUUACAAUAACACAUACUGGCAACUUUGCAAAAUUUGGUUCCAAUGCUGAAUUCAGAUUCAACGGUCAGCCGACAAGCAUAAAUGUUGCUUUUGAUAAAAUUAUGCCAUCUGGAUCAUUUGCAUUUUCAAGCCCUAAUAUGAACCCGAUAUCCGGUAUGUUCGCUGUUACCCCAAUUCGAAAUGGAAAUGCGGCUCAUAUUGAAGGAACUCUGUCUGGUCAAACUUUGUCAGGAGACAUGUCGUAUUACCUUGGCACUGAUCUUGGUGGCUCUGUGUCAAUAAAGACUCCAUUCCAAGGAUACGAACAAAUUCUGGGCAAGGCAAACCUACGCAAAAACGCUAAAUUGUUUAACGGCUUUCUGGAGGCUACCAUGGGUCGAACUACGGCAAGUGUACAAGGUAACCUUAAUAUGGAGCGCGGAAUUGAUUCUAGCAUAAAUUUGCAAUUGCCACAAGGAAAAUCAAGUGCUCAAUUUACAUCUAUUGGCUCAUUUCCUAACAAUGAAAACAAACUGGUUGUUGACAUUUUUGGACAAAUGUACUCAGUUGCAACUGAUAUCAAAUACAUGAACGAUAUAUCUGCUAAAGUGAUUGCAACAUCACCAAUUCCAGGAUAUGAAGCUAUUGAAGGAUCAUUUGCACUUAAAGGUACUCUUGAAAAUAUGGUUUUCAACGGCAAAUUGAAGUAUAUGACUGACAAACAGAUUGUGGUAUCAUUUGAAAAUAUAAAAACCGCCAGGAACUUAGAAACAAAAGCAAAAUUACAAAGUCCGUUUUCUGAGGACAUGUCAUUUGAGGCAAAAUGGGAAUCUAAUCUGCCUUCAUUUAAAACCUCAGCGAAUGCGCGAGUGUUCGGAAGUUAUUUCUCGGCUGAAGGGGAAUUGAACAUUGAUGAUGCAAUAAUUGCUGCGAUCACUGUUACAACUCCGCAAGAAUUUAUAGGAGAUGUUUCUGUAAAUUUUGAACACAGUGGAACUCGCAGUAGAUUUUCCACCAAGUCACAGAUUCAGUACGGGCAAGGAAAGAAAAUUGAAGGAAUUGUCGACUAUGCCAACUAUGAUUUGAGACGGCUAAGUGGUUCUUUUGAUCUGACCACACCGUUCCCUGGAUUUGAAUCAACGCGGGCCUCAAUGAGACAUACAUCGGUAACGAAUGGUUAUGAAAGCAAUGCUCAAGUAUCUAUGUUUGGUAAGGAUUUAACUGCAACAUUGGAAACAUCGAGCACGCCUAUAUCGGCAUCUUUAAAAAUCACAACUCCAUUCAAUGGAUUCGAAACACUUGGUGGAGAUGUAAAGUUAGUUCUUGGCAAUGGCGAAAUGUCCACACAGGCGAAUAUCGCCUAUAUGAAUGGAAAGACCAUUUCUGUAACCUCUGCAUACAACAUUAAUUCCGCACCUCGCACGGUCAGCAUUGUGAUUAAAACGCCAUUCGUUGGAUACGAAACAACUGAACUUAAACUUUCGCAGAAUGGUGGACUAUUAGAUUUCCAAACAACAACAAGCAUUACGUCUUCAUAUCUACCAACCGCUACUGCACAGGCCAGUUUAAAAUACGCAACAUGGUAUAACAUGGACGCCUCUGCUUCAUUUACAAGUAAGAUUUCCAACUUCGAAAAUCUGCGGCUUACAGUGAAAACAGGUUCCGGAAGAGGAAAAAAUAAUGGACGAGCAGAGCUUUCAUGGACACCAAGUAAAAAUAUUGUCGUUGAAGGACGUUCCACAGAAAACGGAUUUGCUACAAUUUUCACAGGAACGGUCCGAACUCCAUUCACUAUCCUUAAACAAGGUAACUUCAACUCCAAGAUUGACAAAAGGGGGCGUGUGUUUUCGAACACAAUCGGAAUUCAGUAUAAUGGAAAUACCAUUACCGAUGUUGACUUCUCGAUUGACGAAUACGACUUGAAAUCAGUCUCUGUCUUAAUGCGUGCACCAGUCAAAUUCACAACAGCACUUCGUGGAUCAACAAAAGGAAAGUACCAAGGAACUAUUGAGUUUGCUCAAGAUAUCAUAUCAAAGUCAGACAAUCGGAAACUAACAGGGACAUUUGAUCCUGCCACAAACAAAGUAAGUGCCGAAUACCGAUGUGCCAACAAUACAAUCAACCUUGAUGGAAGCAUAAGAACGUCUUAUCUGACAAUCAAUGGCAUGACCUACGGAUACGACGUUACGAGCAAUUACGCCAAGGUCCGUCUUCCAUCUAGAAGCCUGAUGUUGACAGGAUCAAGCAACAAAGGCGUCACGGAGGGUUCCUUUAUGUGGGAUGCUGACAAGGAUGACACCAAAAAGAUCGCUUUCAGGUCCCAAAUCAGGCAAUUGUCCGACUUUCUGAAGGCUGAUGUAUCACUGAUGCUCCCUAGCCUCAGCAAAGACCUUCAAAUUGGUUCUGAAAUGAUCUUGAACAGAGGACGGAUAUGGUUUGACGGCAAGACGGAGCUUACCUACUCACAGGACAGCAGAAAACGGUUUAUAAUCACAUCAAAGAUUGAGGACAUUUCUUCUGCUAAAUCCAAAAACUACAGUCUAUCAUUUGGAAUCAGUCAUCCCUAUACGAGCGUUAACGUAGACGUAAUCUCUCAUUUUGGAAAGUCCGACGACAAAAUUACUGGCGCCUUUGAUCUGAAAUACUUGACUGCAAGACAAGAAACAAAACAGUUCACAUUUAGUGGCUCCGUGGACAACGUGAAGCGAGAAGUUAAUCUGAUCAUCGAUACACCAAUGAAAAAAAUCGGCAUUAACGGAAACGCACAAACGUCUUCGCCAUAUCGCUUGUCACUGACGAACCAGUAUGACAACAAACGCCCACUGAAUACCGUCGUGUCCUUUGAUUUGGAGAAACGCAGCGUCGACUUCCAGAUGAAUUACGAUCUUGAGAACCCUACCAGCGAGUUACACGUGAGCGCCAAGUACGUAAACAGCUCCGCUGUUGCCGCUGAAGUGUACCACGUGGUCAACCGACAGAAGAUCACCGACGGUCUCGUUGCACUGCGCCUCAAUACCUCUCACCUGCUUCACAGCCGUAUCCAAUGGAGACCCGAGGUCCUUGUUGAUUUAAAGACAUUUUCUGCAAGGAAGACCGAUGCUUACAUUCGCCAGCUCCGAAACUUUGCUGAUGUUGCGGGGGAGGGCAUGCGCACUGAGAUACGCGAAAAAGCUGAACGAUUCGGACGCUCCAUCAACGAGGAGAUCGAGCCCAUAGCUGCAGCCGCUGCUGUCAUGUACGAACGCAACGAAUAUCGCACACGAGAUAUUGUAGAUGCCAUCGUCGAGUCAACAAAAAAGACCAUGAGGAAAAUCAGAGACGCCUCGCAGGUCACAGAUGAAUACAUGAUUGAACUCUCCGCUGAGCUUGAAAAGAAAUUGUCUGAAUCUGUAGAGAUGUCAAAGAAACAAAUUCAGAGCGCCAUUUUGCGGCUGCAAACAACCAGUGCGUACAGUGUGAAACCUAUGGCUGAUCUGUACAACAGUCACACAGCGCGACUUUACAACCUGACGGCGCCUCACGUAAAGUCUGUGUACGACAGAUACAAUACGUACGUCGACUACAUGUCCAAGAUCGACCUGACACCAAAAAUCGAAUUUACCAACCUAUUCAACUCCGCCAUCUACAGUAUCCAUGACCGUCUCAGCUCAAACAUGGUAUAUCAACAGAGCCGAAAUGCCUACAAAUACUGGGAGGUUCGUGAAAAUUCUGAGGCGGUUGCCAGUGCCAUCUUCGACUGGAUCAAGGAGGAAGUAGACAGGGAACUCUCGGACAUUAAGGCCAUUUUGGUCAACCUCAGGAAUACAACGAUUGUUACCGUGUACGACCCAGAACACGGUGAAAUCCAGGCCGAGGUGCGCCUGCCGUUUGCACUGAAGUCCCUUGAUGAAGUGCCAACGUACGUCUUCGAUACGUCCAAGAUCCAGAAGUACAUUCCAACAAUGCCUACCAUUUCCAUACCAAACAAAUGGCUGCCACCAUAUGAAGCCAUGGCAAAGAUUGUGGGCAACAGGAUCACCACCUUUGACGGUUUCGAGUACGACCUGACUAGAAGCUGCUCGUUCAUGCUGGCUAAGGAUUACGCUGACGGCAACUUCACAGUCGUUCUUCACAACAAGGAGGGAACCAAAACUCUGGCCAUCCUGGCUGACGGACGCUCCAUUGAGCUCUUCUCCAGCGGACAGGUAAAGGUCGAUAACAAACCAGUCACAACUCCCGCCAUCUUUAAGAACAUCACAAUUACCUCCCUUGAGGGUCGCGUGACCAUUGACGUUGCAGGCCACAUCAAGGUCGACUACAUCAAGGACAUGGACUACUACACGAUCGUCAUGAACGGCUUCUAUUUCGGCAAGACCAAUGGCCUCCUCGGUAGCUAUGACAACGAGCCCAACAACGACAUGAUGACGUCAUUUGGCAAGCCUAUCAACGAUGUUGACCGCUUCGCUAGGACGUGGGACGUUGGGUCUGGCAAAUGCUGAACAUUUUAUUGAGUUUAAACCAUAAACCCAAAACCACGGAAUAACCAACACCACGGACUAUCCAAACCACGGACUAUGCAUUAAAAAUACCAAAAAAUAUAUAUGUGAUUAUAUGUGAUUAUAAUUGAGCUUUUUAAACUCUUUACAAGAGUGCCAUAUUGCAAUGAAAUUUCCUAACGUUUUUAAAAAAAGAAACAAGUGACAUUAGGUAGUAACUCUACGUUAAGAAAAGAAAGAACACUAAGAUAUCGUAAAUAAUAACUAAAUAUUUAAUGUACUAAAAAUGGUUCGAUUUAUAAUAGUUUUUGACACAAUUAAGAUCUAUUUGUCCAUUAAUAUCUAUAUUGUUAACGUAUUACUCAAUAUAAAUAAAUCAAAUCAUAGCAUC